AUGGAUCGUCGAGAUCAAUCUAGGGUACGGCUUGUGAUGGAUCCUCAAGUCCAAGCCGCAGCAAUGCUUGUGAUGGAUCCUUGGCAGCAUCCACGCAAACUCUAUUCCUGCAAGUACUGCAACAAGAUGCUGAGCACGCCUCAAGGGCUUGGUGGGCACCAGAAUGCACACAAGACUGAGAGGCAACAGGCAAAGGUAGCACCGAAUCGGAAACCAGAACCAUCUGAAUGCUUUGUUCUGGUGCCACUGGAACCACCAGGUGGAUCAAAAACAGAAAGAUUGAAUGUUAAUGAAGGAGGUAAUAAUUGCAGUGCAGGCAGACCAGUUACUAGAGAUUUCAUCUCCAACAUUGGUCAAACUAAUCAUGUUGUCAUAGGUCAACAAAAAUUUCCUGAUCAUGAUCUUGAUCUCUCCCUUCGACUUUGA